AUGUCCGAAGUAGAGUCCGAGCUGCUUAGAAAAGUGAAUGAGAAAAUCGAUCUGAUUGAGCCCACAACCGGAAAACUAUUUUUCGAGCACAAAACAGAGCUGGUUUUUUGUAGGCCGCACCUGAUGCCGCUAAAGACGCAGGCGCUGGAACGGCUGGAGGAAAUGCAUCGCGAAACUGCGCGACAAUUGCAAAAGAAGCGAAACAAUAAGAAAAUCACCGAGCCCCACAAGGAAUAG